UAUAGAGGCUAGUGUUGGUGGCGUUUGUUUAUGUGUUAGUGUGAUUUACCAGCGUGGUGGGUAUCGGGUGAAAAGCAGUACAGAGCUUACAAUGUAUUGACCAGGUGGUGGCAUGUUUCUCAGGAAGGAGUUGUUCGUCUUGGUUUUGAGUUAAUUGAAACAGUGAACAUGUUCAACAAAAAGGCAGCUACGGACUCCCAUCGGCUGACACCUAACUACAUGCCCAGCAGGAGCAUCACGCCAAACAAAAACGACGAAAAAUGGAACCAAGCGCAACACGAUCUUAUGGUCAAGGUGGGUCAGAUGGAGAAGGAGGUAAAGGCUCGAAAGGAGGCAGAGGAAAGGUACAAGGAUACACUGGUCAAGAUGGAACGGCUCCAGAUGGCUCUCCAGGAAAAGAGUAAUAUAAUGGACGCUGAGACUCGGGAGAGAGAGGCAGCCGAAGAAAGGUGCGAAACGUUACAUAAGACCAUAGACAAGCUGGAGGAAUAUCUGAGAAAGAAGAGCUCUCAGGAAUACACUAGAGUGGGAAAGUCCGAGACAGACAGCGUAACGAAGUCCCUUGCUGACGUAAUCGGCCUGGAAAACGAACUAAAGAGUAAGACAAAGCAUCUGGAGAAAGCGGACCUAGCGAGGCGGAGGUACAAAGAACGGUGUACGCAGCUCCAGAAGAAGCUUUCUGAUAACGGCCUAGUGACGGACGACGGUUGGAAAUCUGACGAGGAGGACGGCAUCGCGGAGGAGCUCGAUUUCUAAAUGAUAAGCUGUACAUGAAUGUGUUAAACCUCUGUGGCUACAGAAGCUGCGGUUAGAUAUUUGAUUCACACAGUUGUCAUAGUGCAAGGGUACAGUACGAACUGUGGGAUUUGCAUGAUGCGGGUUCUUACCUACUGUCGUAUGGGUGAGAGAGUUGGUGAUAUACAGCGUGAAUGUGAUGGUUACACAUGUUAACAGGGUAGCUUACUUAAACAAAUGGUAGAGAUCUAGAGGGGCCGAUGUUUGCGAUGGAUACAUUUGCACUGUUCUAUAAUGUCUAUAUAAAGUAGUAGUGUGAUACCUAGAUGUUUUGUAGCGUCCACGUGUCUUAUUGACAGUGACCAGAUAUAUCAUAAUGUCCAAAUGUUUUAUAAUGUCAAGAUGUUUGUAAUGCCCAGAUGUUUAAAGUGACAAGACGUUCACUAAUGUCAAGAUGUUUCAAAGUGUCUUAAUAUUUUAUAAUGACAAAUAUGUAAAAGUGACAACAUGUUCCCUAAUGUCUAGAUGUUUCAUAAUGUCUAAAUGUUUUAUAAUGUCUCAAUGUUUUCUAAUAUACAGAUGUUUUAAUUGACAAAAUGUUCCCUUAUGUCUAGAUGUUUCAUAAUGUCUAGAUGUUUCGUAAUGUCUCAAUGUUUUAUAAUGCCCAGAUGUUUAAAGUGACAAGAUGAUCCCUGAAGUCUAGAUGUUUUAAAAAGUUAUGUCCGAACGUUUUGUACUGCCAAAGAUGUUUUGUCGACGAUCUUGUAGUUUUAAAAACUUAUACCUUAAGUCGUUAAAACAUAAUAUGUUCAAAUAGCUUUUUUAGAGAAACAUCUACCACAAAUACGUUUUUCUUUAAGUUAACAUUUUAAUGCCUAUCGAUGUAAUUGCAAUAUUGAAUAUCAUGAUUUUGGAAAUGUUUUUUCAAGAAAGGUUUUCAAUAACUUGUCGCUAUUAAUUAGGUUUCUAUGGACAAAAAGACCCAAGUACCAACAUUUUCAAUUUUAUGUAUCAGAUGUGACGCACUGCCAAUAAACGUUUUGUGAUGCCUAUGUUUCAUACAAUAUUGGGACUUAAUUACAUAUACAAUACUGUCCUGAAAUGCCCAGAUGUGAUGCCUUAAAAUGCUCUGAUAUCUUGUAAUGCUCUGAUGUCUUUUAAUGUUCAUAUGAAUUGUAAUGCCCGGAUGUCUUGUAACGUUCGGAUACCUUGUAAUGCCCGGAUGUCUGUCUUGUAAGGUUCGGAUACCUUGUAAUGCUCGGAUGUCUUGUAACGUUCGGAUACCUUGUAAUGCCCAGAUGUCUUGUAAUGCCCGGGUGUCUUGUAACGUUCGGACACCUUGUAAUGCCUGGAUGUCUUGUAACGUUCGGAAACCUUGUGAUACCAGGAUCCUGUUCAGGAAGCCGUAUUGUGACAAUUUUUCAUCAGACGGUCGGCCUGAAUCCCUGUACAAUGAUAUUAUUUACUUACUUCUGACAAUAAGCUAUUCCGUCUAUGGAGAUCUGGGAUCCAUUAUAUGAAUGUGUGCUUAAUUUAAUGCAAAUGUAUUGUUUUUUUCUUAUUAUGACUUUCAGUUUUUGAAUUCACCUUUUCCCCUCUAAUCAAUUUUUUAUCUUUAGUCAGCAGCAGAUUUGAUUUCAGGUACUAAUUUUUAAGCUGAAUUUCUCGCAUACAUUUAUGUUAACUUGAAUCUGCAUCAAACCCAUUCAAUACAUUACAAAAUAUGUACCGUAUGUAUGUAUAUAUUUGAACGAAAUUAAUUAAAUACAUGUAAAGACACAAAACGAAAAAGACGUUUUCUAGUUGACGUAUUUUAUUGAAUAAAGUCAGUAAUAAUUGAACAUUUUUUUUACUUUCUUUUUCUAUACCAUAAAAUACUAUAAGACACCUUCAUGCCCAGGGGUGUAGUUCAAGUUCAUUUAUUUCCUUAAGCUUUACAGCUCAUCAGUUGUGCAUAUAUACAGUGCAACAUAAAGUAAACAAUUAUACACCAACACGCAUACACACCACUUCCGCACCUACUCCUAGAAGUGUAGAGAGAUAUCUUGCACCGCAUUUUCGCUCUCUACAACCCUGGAAUAUGUCAUGGCAAAAUUAAAGGCACGAAGAUAGCUGUUUGAUUGGUCAUACUUAGAUAUUGGUUAAUUUUUUUUUUGCUAGUAACUGUGUUUUAAAAUCAUGUUUCGACACAUUAGUCGAAUUGAAUAUCAGAAAACCUAAUUGUAAAAUUAAUUGGGUUUAUCAAAUAAGCAUGAACUAUGUAGUCUGGGUUUUAAUUAUAUUUGGACUUGACAAUAUGUACAAAAUGAAAUUCUUGUUUUUGCAAAUGUAUGCUCAACGUGUUCAUGAUGUAUUUAUCCAAGAAUUACGCAGUGCUUUUGAUGCAUCUUCCAAAUGUUAUUGGUACCAGCAUCUUGUUGAUACCUUUUGCGUCCAAUUCUAUCUGACUAAGCCCAUUAAUUUUAGGGUAAAAAAGAUAUUGAGUCUAUUUCGCAUGCAAGCACAGUCUUAACAUAGAAUCUGGGCGCUAUAUCAACAUUCCAAGAGCUCAGAGAAUAUGUACAGUCUGCGAUAAAAAUGAUGUCAAAGAUGAAGUACAUUUUGUACUUCUUUGUCCUGAAUAUUUUGAUUUAAGAAAAACAUACAUCAAACAGUAUUAUUAUCGACAUCAAAGUGUCUAUAAACUAAUAGAAUUAUUUACCUGUAAAAGUGUUAAAUCUUUAAAAUAGACUGGGGAAAUAUUUGUUGCACGCUAAAAUGAAAAUUCUUCUAGCUCAGUAGUGAUAUUAUAUUAAAAUAUUAUUUGAAACUACUUUGUUAUAAGUGUACAUGUAUAAUAAUAGUUAUUUAAUAUUCGUUAACAGCGCGUUAAAUAAUACUUUAAUGGCAUACCAUAAUUCUUUCUGUUCAUGCAUAAACAAACAUAUUUGAAUGGAAUUGUCCUGCGCCAUCUUGUACAUUACAUAUGAAUUUUGAAUAACUAAUUAUGUAUAUUUGUAACCUAUAUGCUGUAUUGCAUUUGGAUAUAAUAAAAUUUGAAACUUGGUCUCAGGUAAAAAAAGGUUCGAACUUGUCUUCUUGUCUCAACAACAAGGUGGCGCACAUCGAGCCUUCAAUUUCGCUAUGACAUAUUCCAGGGGUGUAGAGAGCAAACGAGAGCGUAACCCCUGGAUAUCGAGGAUAUUUGCACUGCUAAACAUAAUGUAAUUACUAAUAGAAUAAUAUUUGAUGAUAAUGACAUAUUAAUGUAUUACUGACAAACACUAGAUACAAUUGACUUAAUUCAGUACAUUUGGUCGUUUUCUGCUAGCGAUUCUUACAUAUUUAGCCAAAUGAGUUAUUUCUUUUUUAUUUUCUGUUGAUAACAACUUAAUAAAUUUAUCGUACUUGUAUGUCUGAUAGAGAAAGGUUUACUAAAUGAAUUGCGUAAAUCGGAAUUAAGCGGACAUUUAAGAACAAAAUGAAACUCGUCUUCUGCAUCAUUAGAGGCACAUAACGAACAAACCCUGUUCCUGUGUUCAAUACCUUGGUAUCUACCAGUUUCUACGUUAAGUUAAUGAGAAGAUGUUCUAAUCCUUACUAAUUCCUUCAAGUGUUAAAUAUCAAUAAACUUUUUUAAGUAACUUUGUAAAACAAACUCAUCUCAGAGAUAUUUGUAUAGAUUACAUUUAGAAGAAGUGUUGAUUUUUUCUGAACAUUCCUGUUUGAAAAUAUCCGUGAUUCUUUCUUUAAAAAUUGACACUAAAUCAUCUUAUAUGUCUUUCAAUUCCCAAAAAUAUCCCAAUCCGAUCCUAAACAAUUCAUUUUUUAUACUCAUAAGCCAAUGAUCUUCACAGUCCGACAUUUCUUCAUAACAUGCCUGAAGUAUACAAUUAUCUGUCUUACGCAAUAUUAUCCAAUACUUAAACAUUCUUAACUUACGACUAACUUCCCUUGGAUAUGUUCCUAAUUCAAAAUAUAUCAUACAAUUUGGAGUAGUUUUACGAACACCAAGUAGAUUUUUACAGAAACUUAAAUGUAAAUUUUCUAUAUCUGCUGUCUUAUGACUUCCCCAUAUUUCAGACCCAUAGUUUAAAAUGCUAGCGACAUAUGUAUCGAAUACCGACAAUAUUGUUUCAAAAUUAAAAAAAUGUUUUAUGACACACUUUCGUAAUUGCAAAUAAUGCUACUUUUGUUGCGUUUUACGAAACUUUCCGUUAUAAUUAAAUAAAACGCCAAGGUAAUUAAACUCAUCUAUAAUGUUUAAAUUGGACCCCAUUAUAUGUCCAGUAUUCAUUGUCACUCAAUUUACCACCGUUUCAAAAAACAAUCACGUUAGUCUUAUCAGUAUUCACUGUUAAAUCUCACGUAUUAGUAUAAUUUAAAAAAGAGAAUCUAGCAUCUUUUGAAUACAUUCAGGAAUUUCGGCUACAAUGACCAUGUCACAAGCGUACAGUAUAAGGAACAAAUUGAGUAACUGUUUUUCAAUAGAUGGACAAUUUUCUUCUAAAAAGUGUAUUUCACAAUCAUUUACAUAUAAGGAAAAUAAAAUUGGCGACAAAAUUUCUCCCUGGAAUAAUCCAUUUUUACAAGUGAAGAAGUUUGACAAUUUUCCUUCAUACUACACACAACAAUUAACUGUUUCAUAGAAAGAUCUUAUUAUAGUUAACAUUUACCAUCAAUACCUUCUCUUAACAAUUUGUACCAUAAUUCUUGACGAUUCACGAGAUCAAAUGCCUUUAAUCAACAGAACAGUAAUACAGGCUUUUUCGUUUCAUAAGUGUUUUUCUUAUAAAAAUGACAUCAACAGUAGACAUUUUCUUUUUAAAACCAAAUUGAGCGUCAGAAAUCUCACAAUAAGUUCUGUCAAAUUUAUAAAGCCUUUGAUUAAGAAUAGACGUAAAAAUCUUACCGAGGCAACUAACAAGAGAUAUACCACGGUAUUUUUAAAAAUUGGUACAAUGCAUCAUUGGCUCCAAAAAGUAGGAUAGUGACCUGAACCAAAUACAUUAUUAAAAAUCUUAAUUAGGCAAGGUAACAACAAUGUCCUACAUUUGAUAAAGGAUUCGUUUAUUCAUAUCUAAAUUUCUGAAAUCUGCAAUAAUUUCUUCUUCCUCAUUUUCCCUAACUAAUUCUGAAAAUGAAGCAGGAUAAUUAGAACGGUCAUUAUAAGUUAAAUGAUUAAAAAUAUUCUCAUUUAUGCUAGGUAGCGAAGUUGCCAGAUUUGAAAAAUGAUUAAAAAAGUCUUUCCCAGUUAAUGUACUUUUCUUCAAUUUCUUACGUUUUCCAAAAUGUUUAUAGAAUGACUAAGGGUAGUGUUAAAUAAUUCAUCUGGUUUCCAUUAUGCCCCUUAUAUUUUCUCUUGAGCCUAGUUUCAUAAAUCUUAUAAACACGUUUUUUGUUGAUUAAUAUAUAAUGCCGAUUUUCUACUGUUUUUGAAAAAUUAAAAUAUUUUAAUGCAGCUUUGCAAUCUUUAUAACGCCUUCUACAAAUCUCAUUAAACCAAGGUUUAUCUUCACACCGUUUCAGUUGCACCUUUUUAGAAAUAUUUCGAUAAACAGUUUGCGAACAAAAAGGUUGAACAAUAUCAUUUAACUUCACUGUGAAUUUUUCAAUACAAUCAUGAAUACUUUUAGAACUAAAAUCAACAGGGUCACACAAAGCGUACAGUUCAUCAAUAUAAUCAGGUAUUGCUUUGUUAACAUAUACUUUACAUGUGUUUCACUAUUAAUAUUUCUUGUGUGUAUGCUGUUUGACUUAAUUUCUCAUGGGUUAUUUUCAGACAAAAUAAAACAGGCAAAUGAUCUGAAAAAAUAUUAAAGAUUCCAGAUUAAAAAUUAGUUAUACUAGACAAUGUCGAUUCUUCUACUAACAAAUAAUCUAUUAGACUAGGUCCUCUGUUACUAUAAAAUGUAAUACUGCCAUUAGGGUCCUUACAGAUGAGGCUUUACACAGUGUUAACAUCUGUCGACCGAACACUGCCAUUAGGAUCCUUACAGAUGAGGCUUCCACAGUGUUAACAACC